ACAAACGACUCCAUUUGUAUUCUCCACUGCCCGCUACGAUCUAGGUAUCGAACGAAAUGACCACACCUAAUGCCACAGUCCGAGCCCUCGCCCCUCCCCCCUUUCUGAAGUUACUUCUGAAGCUACCAUGGGAGCUCAGAAAAAACAUCUAUUAUCGGGCGAUGCGUCCAGAAGACCUCAUUUCCCAGUGUCAGCCUCUAAACCUUAGCGCAGCAGAUUUUCGACAUAGUGGCAACCCAUUAUGCUUGGAGUGGCUCGAAGAGUUCUGUCGCACAGAUGAAGCCACCCGUAUCGACGUUUCCUCUGUUCUACUACAGACAACCAGGCUGUGUCUUUUCAGCCCUGUGGAAGUGGAGCGGUUUAGCUUGUUUCUAGAAAGCUUUCCUAAAGCUGACAACCAAGGCUUUGCUGCAGUUCGUGAUCUCAACUUCCAGCUCUUCGGUUGCCACCGACCCAGUGCUGGGAACGACAACGUAUACAUUGAAUUCAUGAAGCGAUGUACAGAACUAAGACAGGUCCAGCUAAAGUUCGAAGUUGAAUAUAUGACCAUAGACUCGUGUACAUGGGCCGAAAACCUGAAACAGCCGCCAACAACACUAUGGUCUUUUGAUCAGACGCGCAUCAGGAGACUGGAGGACAUCAUUUCGAUGUAUCGGUUGACAGAAGUUCUGAAGCUAGAGAAGUUGAACAGACUAACAGUUAAAGCCUGGCCUAGGAUUAGAGUGAGUGAUCGACAGGCUAUGCAGGACGUUCUGGUCGAUUGCACGCCGUUGAUCGAGAGUUUGGUGCAGUGGCUUGAAAGGGGCUUCGCGGCCCAGGACAAAACCGUUGCUGUUAGUUACGUGGAAGCUAGCAGUCCAGGUUUAAGAUGGAGUAGGCGCAUGUGAAGAAUGUAGCUAUUGAAGCUCUUGACCCAAGUUUGACAGGUCAAAUUAAAACAUGCCAUCGGUGGGCACGCCGUAAUUCAAUUUAUGCCGUAUACAGUCUCUCGAAUUUUCUGAAAGCUGAUUCCGCUAUUCUUGCUCUUUCUGGGUGUCGUUGCAUAUCAGACGUGUCGCAGAGUGAAAGCGUAGUAUGACGUGGAAGAUGAAGAUGGCUGGUCUCCAGACUAGUUGACACGACCAAUGACUAAGCGGCGCCGCUGGCUCGUUUGCCGUCUAAUCCCAGCCAGCCCUUACCAGCCUCAUUUAUCCUACCACGACCGAGCGCAUUCGCAACACCAUCGUCGCU